AUGAGAGAAAAGUUAGGAUUUUUGGUGUGCGUUUGGUUUAUGGUAUCUGGGUCUUGCAUGGGAAAUCUUCUUGUGGGAAAGAAGAACAGCUUUAAAGUGACUUCCCCGGACUGGUUGAAAGGAGUGUACGAAUGUGCACUCAAGGAUUUCAGAGUGUUUGGAAACGGAGGAAGAGGAAGCAUGGUUGGCAUUGUGGUUUAUGUAGGAGCCAAUCAAAAAGCAUGUAGGAAUUUAGAUGAAGUAGCAGGCGUCUUCUUCAAGUCUAUGCCCAGAGGGCAACGCAUGUUUCUCCUUGCCGAUCAAGGAGAUUGUUACUUUGCCUUGGAGCCAUGGAACACACAGAAUGGUGGACCAACAGCUAUUCUUCUUAUUGCAAGCGACUUGAUUGAGCCAUUGAAUAACAUUAUUACUCCUAGAGUCCUUAUUAGCAAAUCUUUGGGCGAUAUCAUUAAGAAAGCUCUAUCUAAUGGAGAGAUGGUUAACAUAAAUCUUUAUUGGCCUGAAACUCUUCCACAUCCCGCUGAGAAGGUUGAGUAUGAGUUUUGGACAAAUAUCAAUGACGAAUGUGGACCACAAUGUGACAGCCUGAUUGAUUUUUUCAAGAAAUUUAAAUGAGCAGCCUAGAUACUGGAGCAGAAAGGGUACACUCAGUUCACCCCACAUUAUAUGACUCAGUAUUGCCCAAGAAAUUUUGCUUCGAGCAUACAGUGCAGGUCUCAGUGCAUCAAUCAUGGGAGGUACUGUGCUCCAAACCGCAAUCCGGAUUUUAUGAGACGGUAUGAAAGGAGGGAUGUUGUGUUGCAAAUUCUACACGAUGCUUGCUUUUUUAAGGUGGCCAAUGAAAGUGGAAGGCCUUGGCUUUGGUGGGACUAUAUGACAGAUUUGGCAAUCCGUUGCCCAAUGGAAGAGAAGUACAGUCUACACUGCUUAAAUCAAGUUGUUAAAUCCCUAAUUGGUAGUGAUCUCAAGAAAAUAGAAAAUUGUGUUGGAGACCCUAAUACGGAUAUUGACAACCCAGUUCUUAAAGCCGAAGGGAAUGCACAACUUGACAGGGGCACCAGUGGAGAUAUUACUAUAUUGCCAACUCUUGUCAUAAACGACAGACCGUAUGAAGGUAUGAGGAAUAAGUUGGACAAGGCAUUAGUUCUCAAGGCCAUCUGUGCAGGAUUCCAAGAGACCAUGAAGCCAGCCAUUUGUUCUAGGAAAGAUAUAAAAACAAAUGAGUGUUUGCACAACAAUGGUAGCUGCUGGUAUGUUCUUUGUCUUAACGUUUUGUGGGUGUGUUUUGAUACUUUUCGGGGAAGAGUAUGUAAAUGCCCUGUUGUGCAAGGUGAAAAGUAUGUUGGUGACGGUUAUACUCUUUGUGAAGGAAAGAUAACAUUGUUUAUGUGA